AUGGACAGCAACACCCCACCCCCUCCCAGUCUCUGGACAGCGUCCCUCUCCUCUCCCCCACCCCCUCCCCUUUCAGGAUUGUUCAGGAACCUAAUAGUGAACUUGAGUGUGCUCUUCAAAGCCAAUUCGUGUGAUGAUUUCUCCCGACUGUCAGAUCUGAGAAGCCUUGAAUUGCAGUCAAUCCUUUGUUACUGUCAAUGGAAAGAAGACCCUCGGGAUCCCCUUCAGCCUUACAACACAAUCUGUGAAGUUUGUACAAGUGGCCUUCCCAACAUGUACCGCAUCUCUCAGCUCACAUCUACACCAGUAGCAAGUUCUCCUGGACUGGAAAGAGAAUCAAGUGGAACUCUAUCACCCAGAUGCAUUUUCCCAAGCUAUGCUUAUACUUUUCUGGAUGGUGACACCCCACUGGAAUGCUGUUCCACAAAUCCCCUGAUGGGUUCCCAUUUUAUAUGCCGCCGAAGUCCCCGGCUCCUCACCAAUGGCUAUUACAUUUUGACAGAGGACAGCUUUCUCUCUGAUGAAGAUGGCAACAUCACUCUGAGUCCCACUCAGACGAGUGUUGUAUACAAAGAGAAUCUGGUCAGAAUAUUCAGAAAAAAAAAGAAAAUUCGCCGUUCUCUGUCUGAGCUGUUCAAUCUCAGUGCCUCUAGCCCUUGGCUUCAUCAAGGUGUUUUUAGUGAUAUGGACUCUUCCCCAGGAGAAGAUGGAUGGAUUGAAGGAGCCAGUAACCUUGAGGAUGUUUACCAGUUAUACAAGGAUGGUAAUCAAGGUCAUUCUGAAGUUUCUUCUGCAUCCCAACCAUGGUUGUCAGAAAAACAACCUCCAGAAUCUGCUGAAAUCUCAUCAUCCAUCAACGUAGUCCUUCAGCAUUCUAAAGAGAAUCCAUGUGUUAUGCCUUCUCAGUCCCAGCUGAUUAUUCCAGAACAUUUCCAGGAGGGAAUUGUACAUCAUUCAAAGUCCACUACAUUUCAAGAGGUCCUUGUUCCAGUAAUUGUAUUCACAACAUGCUUAGUCAUUUCAGCAUGUACAAGAUACUCUCUGGGAGGAUUAUUCACUGCCCUUUUGACAUUUUCACUGAUGUUCAUCAUAAUUUAUCUUGUCAAGUCACUGGUUCUCCGCCCGGCCAGCUCUCUCAAAACUGGUGACCAAGCACAAUUUGCCAAAGAAUGAAAAUAACUCCAACACCUCUAGAGUGACUUUCUGGCAUCUGAAUGUUAAGAAAUGAGUAGAAUUACAAUUAAUUCUUGUUUGUCCACAUAAUGGAGUGAAACAACAUCAUGGACAAUUCUAAAAUUCAUUUAUAUUUGGCUAUAUGAUUAAAAAAUAAAUCAGGGGUUUACCUUCCUAAGGUUUAGCUUAGGAUAACAUAUUUUUUUUUUACCUUUCUUAUGCACACCUUGAGUAGUGAGAAGAAAGAUGUUGGACCCAGAAGAGGUGAUGAGAAGACAAUUCAGUUUUGGAUCCAAAAUACUUCCUGUAUCAUCUGCAACUUCAACAACAUUUGCAAAGUGACUACUAUGUACAAAGCACCAUUCUAGGUAUUAGAAGAGAUUCAAAUAUGAAAUAAGACAUAGAUCUUGCCCCUAUGGAGUUCACAGUCUAGUAAAAGUGUGCAACGAAUAUGCAUAUAGGAAUGUUGGUCUCUGACCAACCCCUGUCCUCUCCCCCUAAAGGGACAAGGUGUUACAAGCUAUUAAACUAAUUAUGAGGAUUAUGUAUGCCAUUGUCCUAUGUAUUUCCUAAUCCCUUUAUGAUAUGUGAACAAUUUUCUCUGAUGGAAUUAAACCACAGCAACCUCAUUGAGUGAGUAAAAAUUAGACAACACCUUUGCAGGGCUUUAAAUAGCUAAGUCCUGUUAACAGUGGUUCAGUUGCAGGGACUUACAGAUUUGGGAGCACUUUGUGGAGGUGACUCUUGCAAAGUGGAGGGGAAGAGGGUACUUCUUUCUACUCCCCUCUCAUUGGCUAUGGCAUAUAGCAAGAGUUUGUUGAUUCAAGAGAAUUCCAAGUAUUAUUGAGGGAGCAGACACUUAGUCCAGACUGAAGUAGAUACAUAAAGGCAGUCAAUUAAAGAAGGAACCAACUUUGAGAAUGGCAGCAAAGAUGAGUAAUAGACCCUGUGGACUCAACUAAGCAAAUUGCCCUACAGAGAAACUAUACCCAAGGGGAGCUGUGGCACUAUGAGGACACUAUGAAGAGAGAAAGGACUUCUGGCCGCUACAGAACCAGGAGUAGUGAGUUACCUUUGUAACAUGUGUGUCCUAUUUAUGUGCUUCAAUACCAUUGUGUUCAAAGUUUUAGCAUAUCCGUGCCAUGGACAUUGUUUGGAUCUGUGGGAGUGUAUGCCCCAGGUAUAUGGGGAAAAUGUUCUAUAAUUACUGUUGUUACUUUGUAAUCUUGGUACAUAAAUGCCCUUGCUUAAGAGUUAAAUGUGUCUAUUGGCUGAGGAUUAAUGGGAAACACACUAGUGGGGACUCAUGAGCCGCAGAUUAGGAAGGGUUACCCCACAGGGUAUACCCUUGAAACCUGAGAGGAGUCUCCCUCUUGGUGGUCCAUUUGUACAUUUCUGAGUGCUGAGUUGAGAGGAGUAGCCCAGAUGAGGUGUUAUACACAAAUUACUAUGGUGCAGAUAAGUAAGUACAUUAAGCCAAGUCCUAUGUGAGGAAUGACAAGGAUAAGUACUGACUAGGGACAACAGAAUAGACUUCAUGAAUUUCAUCAUAUCUGGGCUGGGAUAGAAUGGCAAUAAGUAAAGUUGAGAAGAGGGGAUAGAAUUCUAAGUGUAAGAUAAGCAUGAGUAGUCUCAUUCAGUAUAAAUAAAGGGUGAUAGGUUUGACUGGCAUAGAAAAUCUAAAGGAAAAUAGCAUGAAGUAUGCCCAAAUAUGAGGCUAAGGAAUUGAAAUUUAUUGGGUAAUAGGGAGCCAUUGAGAAACAUUUUUAGUACAAGUGUGACCCAGUCCAUUCUGAGUAAAAAGGAAGAUUAACCUGAUAGGCCUGUUGACUGGAGCAAGGAAAAUAUAAAGGCAAAUAGACUGGUUGGGAGGCUUGUAAGUAACUCCAGGAGGGUAAGAAUAAAGAAGAGAGAAUUUAUGAUUGGAGAAGUUGAAAAUAGAGUGGUUGAUACCCCAGAUAGGUAACUGAAUUGCAUAGCAGCUCUUUGGCCUUUAAGAGAUUACACAAGAGCAUUCUUAUUAAAAAUAAGUCUGUGUAAUAUUUAUACAUGGUUACUUUAUGUUCUAAAUGCUCAUCCCUUUCAGAAUAAGAUGCUGAAAUGCUUAGCCAUAAGUGUAGAACAGUGGCACUUCUGGAGUGAGAAUAUCCUGGUUCAAGUCUCAUAUCUGAUAUUACCUGCAUUACCUUGGGCAAAUCAUUCAACGCUUUAGGCAAAAAAACAAGCGGAUGAAGGAUGCCCAUUGUCCAGACUCUAACAUGCAAUUGGAUGAACAACCCAUCAGCUUUUUCAAGACACUAUUUCAUCCUGGUUUUCCUUCUACCUGUCUGAACAUCCCUUCUCUCUCUACUGAGUCAUCAUCCACAAUCUAACUGAAGGAGCCUCUCAAAUGCAGAGCUGGUUCUGGCAAUGCAUGCAUCGACCUCAUUAUCAAUGUGCACAUCCCUGGAAGGUAC